CACUUCCGCCUUCUCCCUCCUCCCGCUUGUCCUCGGAGCGAAAUCGCCACCACAGCGGUAGCUGCCGGGCGCGGUGUCUGUGGUUCGUUUGGUUUGUCUGUCACUGUCGGUGUCCGUGCCGUUGAACUGCCAGCCAUGGCGGAGCUAGAUCCAUUCGGCGCCCCCGCCGGUGCUCCCGGCGGCCCCGCGCUGGGGAACGGGGUGGCCGGCGCGGGCGAAGAAGACCCGGCCGCGGCCUUCUUGGCUCAGCAGGAGAGCGAAAUUGCGGGCAUCGAGAACGACGAGGCCUUCGCCAUCCUGGACGGCGGCGCCCCUGGGCCCCAGCCGCACGGCGAGCCGCCGGGGGGUCCGGAUGCUGUUGAUGGAGUGAUGAAUGGCGAAUACUACCAGGAAAGUAAUGGUCCAACAGACAGUUAUGCAGCUAUUUCACAAGUGGAUCGAUUGCAAUCAGAACCUGAAAGUAUCCGUAAAUGGAGAGAAGAGCAAACGGAACGCUUGGAAGCCCUUGAUGCCAACUCUCGGAAGCAAGAAGCAGAGUGGAAAGAAAAGGCAGUGAAGGAGCUGGAAGAGUGGUACGCGCGGCAGGACGAGCAGCUGCAGAAAACAAAAGCCAACAACAGGGUGGCAGAUGAAGCUUUCUACAAACAACCCUUCGCUGACGUGAUUGGUUAUGUCACAAACAUAAACCAUCCUUGCUACAGCCUAGAACAGGCAGCAGAAGAAGCCUUUGUAAAUGACAUUGACGAGUCAUCCCCAGGCACUGAGUGGGAACGGGUGGCCCGGCUGUGUGACUUUAACCCCAAGUCCAGCAAGCAGGCCAAAGACGUCUCCCGCAUGCGCUCUGUCCUCAUCUCCCUCAAGCAGGCCCCCCUGGUGCACUGAAGAGCCGCCCUGUGGAAACACUACAUCUGCAGUACCUUAGUCCCACUCAGUGAGGCUCUUCACAUAAUUGGAUUAAUCAUGUUGAGUUCUUUUGGACCAAACCUUUCGUCUUUAGAGUUGUUCAUUGUUUGUGAUUGCAUGUUUCUUCCUUCAACCGUGUUCUCCCUGGCAUUCAGAGAGGAGGGGGAGGUGGUGGCAGAGGAAGGGAGGGAUGCCUCCAACGGUAGCCUCAACUUGUGCUUUUUGUGUAUUAUUCUGAGAAUAAAUUUCUGUUUCAAACAAUAAA